AAUUUGCAGAUUUUUUGUUCAUAGAAUUAUUUUAUGGUGCUCCUCUUCCAAUCUGUAGCCCAAAGAGGUGAAGAUUACGUGGCGUCGGUGUUCUUUGUUGCAAAGUAGAGAGAGAAAGACACAUAAAAAAUGGCGACUCUGAAUCUGUUCUCUCAGCCAUGGCAAACCACAAUUUCACCUUCUUUCUGUUGUUCUAAUUCAAACAACAACAUUUCCUAUGCUUAUCAAAAUCAUAAUAUUAUUUCCAACAAUUCUAAAUUGCAUUUCUUUUCCAAUUCUCGCCAUUUCUCUGUUCUUUCUCAAUUCUCCACUCACUCCUCAAAGUCAGGCAGUGGAAGUUCAUGGUUGCAAAACAGUUCUUUUGCUGCUGGCAUUGAGUACAGAAAGCGUCCUCUAUAUUCUGUAUUUCCGACAAAAGCUGCUGAAGUUUCCUCUGUGGAAGAUCUCUAUCAGUUUAUUUGCUCGGGACCUCUGCUUGACAAAAUAGGAAUCACACAAGAGAAGGUGGCUGAGUCCAUUGAUAACUGGAUACUGUAUGGCCGUUACCUAUGCAGAUUGUUUCAGCUUAAUGAAUUGUACCUUACAGAGCCUCAAAAGGCUAGGAUUUAUCACUACUAUGUACCAGUCUUUCUCUGGUGUGAACAACAGAUCGAGGAGCAUCAGUCCAAAUUCAAAGAUGGAGAAGAAAUUCCUCCUUUGGUGAUUGGUUUCAGUGCCCCUCAAGGCUGUGGGAAGACAACCCUUGUUUUUGCCCUUGACUAUCUUUUUGAAGUGAUUGGCAGGAAAUCUGCCACAAUAUCUAUAGAUGAUUUUUAUUUGACUGCUGAAGGUCAGACUAAACUAAGAGAAGCUAAUCCAGGAAAUGCACUUCUUGAGUUUCGCGGAAAUGCAGGAAGCCAUGAUCUUGCUCUUUCUGUUGAAACUCUGGCAUCUUUAACUAAAAUGACAAGAGAAGGUGUGAAAAUGAAGCUACCAAGAUAUGAUAAAUCUGCAUUCAGUGGCAGAGGUGACCGUGCUGACCCUUCAACAUGGCCAGAAGUUGAAGGGCCUCUGAAGGUUGUGUUGUUCGAAGGUUGGAUGCUUGGUUUCAGGCCCCUUCCAGUUGAAGCUGUGAAGGCUGUUGAUCCCCAGUUAGAAACUGUAAAUAAAAACCUUGAAGCUUACUAUGAUGCAUGGGACAAAUACAUUAAGUCAUGGAUAGUCAUCAAGAUCAAGGACCCCAAUUGUGUCUUCCAAUGGCGGUUGCAGGCUGAGAUUGCCAUGAGGGAGGCCGGCAACCCUGGAAUGACAGAUGAAGAGGUGAGAGAUUUUGUUUCACGCUAUCUGCCAGCAUACUAUGCAUACCUUCCUACACUUUACUCGGAGGGACCAAAUGGAUCAGAUCCUCAACGUCUCCUAACCAUUGAAAUAGAUGAAGGGAGAAACCCCAUCCUUGCUUCUAUAUGAUAGAGCUUCUGCUGCUUUUUCAAUUCUUUGAGAAUUUGUAUGUAACUAAGUCAAUGAAUCUGCACUCUUUCUUUCCCUUGAAAUGUAUAGAGAAUAUUUUCAGUAAUACAUAAUAACGGCUAAUGCUUUCUGGUUGCUGUCAUUUGAUCGGCAUUUUUA